GAAGAACAACAACAAUAACAAUAAUAAUAAUAAUAAUAAGAAGAAGAAGAACAAGAAUAAGAAGAAGAACAAUGCUGCUAGGUUUUCGACGGCUGUUGUCGUACAGGAACAGUGUACUUCUCUGCCGCAACAUUAAAUCAGACAACACCAGCAGAUGUGCUGUUUUGGACAGUGCACUUUCUGCAUUCAGGUUGAUAUGUGGUGAGGAUGGCGUCUCAUUGGGUGAAGCUGUCAGAGAGCAACAUGGUAAAGAUGAGUCUGUACACAGAUGUUGUCCCCCAGAUGUGGUGGUGUUUCCUCAUUGUGUGGAGGAGGUCAGUGCCUUAGCCAAGGUCUGCCACAACCACAAUAUUCCCAUCAUCCCCUUUGGCACCGGGACUGGAGUGGAGGGGGGGGUUAACGCAUCGAAGGGUGGUGUGUGCUUCAGCCUGAGGAACAUGGACCAGGUUCUCCAUCUUCACCAGGAGGACUUUGAUGUGACAGUGGAGCCUGGUGUGACUCGGAAGGCCCUUAAUGCCUACCUGCGAGACACCGGACUGUGGUUUCCUGUUGAUCCUGGAGCUGAUGCGUCUCUGUGUGGUAUGGCUGCCACCAGUGCCUCUGGUACUAAUGCUGUGCGUUAUGGAACUAUGAGAGAAAAUGUGUUAAACCUGGAAGUGGUGCUGGUCGAUGGAACCAUCAUACACACAGCUGGGAAAGGUCGGCGUGCCAGGAAGACUUCAGCAGGCUACAACUUGACAAACCUUUUUGUGGGGUCAGAGGGCACACUGGGGAUCAUCACCAAGGCUACAUUGCGCCUGUAUGGCAUCCCAGAGUCCAUGGUAUCAGCCGUCUGCUCUUUCCCCUCCAUCCAGGCUGCUGUCAAAAGCACAGUGCAGAUCCUACAGGCUGGAGUACCUGUCGCUCGCAUCGAGUUUCUGGAUGAUGUGAUGAUAGAUGCGUGUAACAGGUUUAGCUGUCUGUCCUAUCCCGUGACCCCGACUCUGUUCCUGGAGUUCCACGGCUCUGGGCAAAGCCUCAAGGACCAAGUCAACACAACAGCGGACAUCACUCAGAGUAAUGGAGGCUCUGAUUUUCAAUGGGCUCAAGAAGCAGAAACAAGGAACCGGUUGUGGAAAGCUCGUCAUGAUGCCUGGUAUGCUGCUCAGGCCCUCAGACCUGGCUGCAAGGCCUACGCUACAGAUGUGUGUGUCCCUCUGUCUCGACUGCCACAAAUCAUUGUGGAGACAAAGGAGGACCUGAUUGAAAACAAGCUUACAGGUCCCAUAGCAGGUCAUGUAGGAGAUGGUAACUUCCACUGUCUGAUGGUGGUGGACCCCAACAACCCAGAGGAGCUGCACAGGAUGUACCUGUUCACUGACAGGUUGGCUAGGCGAGCCCUGGCUAUGGAUGGUACAUGUACAGGGGAGCAUGGAGUGGGUUUGGGGAAGAGAGCCCUGCUGUGUGAGGAGGUGGGACCCAUGGUUAUCCAGAUCAUGCAGGGUCUCAAGGCCACCCUCGACCCAAAUAACCUAAUGAAUCCUGGGAAAAUCCUGCAGUAAAGAGCCCUCUAAACAGUAUUUUAGUCACUAAAACAGGGAUUUUUGUCAUGAGCAUAUUGUAGAUAGUAGUGUUUGCUAUUAAAACAGUACUAGAUGAGACUUGGUAGACGGGGAUCACCCAACAGUGAACAGGAAGAGAUUGCAUAUAAAACUGUGAUUGUUUUAUUGGUGGUGUUUUGUUUUCCAUCAGGUACAGCCAGUGGUCACCAUUAAUGAUGCAUUCUUUUACCGUGUGAUUAAAAAAAACAAAUGAAUCAAGAUCAAAAAUG